GUUCAUCAAACUACUUAUGGUUGAGAUAUAUAUCUCUCUUUAUCUCUAUGCAAAUAUAUUUAAAGAUUUUUUUUUAUAAAUGUUUUCCAUUUAGAAAAUGAAGUUAGUCAUUGAUUAUCGUGGUACGAACAAUUUGUGAAGAUUAAUACAAUUCUUUUGUAAAAGAUAUGCUAUCUGUAAAGUUUAGUUUCAAUCAACAUAUUUUUAAAGGUGCUCUUUUACUAAUAUAUACCUGAAGCUAUGAAGUUGUAUUGGGCAUUCGCGUUUGUAUUGGUCAAAUUAGCAGCAUCUGAUUCAGCAUGCUUCUUAAAAAGUCUCACCGAUUGUCGUUCGAAGUUUCAGGCGGAUGACACUAGUGAUUUCACUUUUUGCAAAAUGAUUAAACCGUUAACAGAAUGCAUGUAUGAAGCUUCAACAUCGUGUAAAACAGGAUUCGAGCAAUUGGCAGAGAAAGCAUUAUCCAUACAAAAUGAUCUGUGUACAGAAGGAACAUAUUACUACAAUGCUAUUAAAGGCGAUAAAAAUUGUGGAAUGGAAAUUUUACUUGAAAAUUGUAAAGAUCGUCAAAAUAAAGACAGAAAGGAACCAAAACAAAAACAUUAUAAUGGUGAAAAUAACAAUGCUUGCGAGCAUAUUGAUGACAAUCGAAACUGUAUGCACCAGAGGUUUGAGAAAUGUUCCAGAGAUACGCAAUACAUCUUUCAGGCUACCUACGAUUCUUUUACAGAACUGUAUAAGAAAGUCUGCGAAUUUUUGUCUUAAACUACUGUACAUUAACUAUUAAAAGUUUUUUAAUCAA